CCGGAAGUAGCAAUUUUAGCUUAACUAUGUCCCGAGAGAAAAAUGUCUUAAGAGUUUGUGUAAAACAAUGGUUUAAUAAUAAAUGUCUCUACAGUUAUCGUGCGGAUGUAGCUUCUAAGUAUUUGUUUGGACCGCUAUGAUUAUUUCUAGCCGAAAUUUGCAUUACCGAAUGUAAUUAGCCUUCAUUAGCAAUAUGAAUGGACUUUUAGCUAAAGUAGCUAACAGCAGAGACCUUAUCAGUGUUUCGGAUGUUGAACCUUUUAAAAGUUCAUGGUUUAGUGUUUUAAGAGGAGUCCACAUUCCGACUUUGUGAGACUGUCAGAGGAGGACCACACCGUCUCUGGACACCUUUAUAAGCCUUGCUGAUCAUUUAAGGAGCGAGAGACUGGAGACAGAGUGGAACCAGAACUUCUGACCAAGUUUAGGUCAGCAGAAAAACAGAAGAUACAGGUUAUAUGUCUGAAAUCUUGACCUACCAGAACUCAUAAAGGUUCAAAACAAGGAUUGUCAAAGGAGAAUCGUAAGUGGAGCGAGAAUGUCUGAAGCGAUGAAGUUUGAAGCAGAAGACCCUGGAGGACUCAGUUUGGUUCCCCCCAUACCUGCAGCAUCAACAUCAGAACUGGAGCAGGAACAGGACCGGACAGAUCUCAGCUAUCAGAUGUUGGUGAUUAAAAAAGAGAUCCUCCCAGACUGGACCUUCAGUUUGGACCAGCAGCACCCAGAGCCCCCACACAUAAAGGAGGAAGAAGAGGAACAGUGGAUCAGUCAGGAGGGUGAGCAGCUUGCUGUCAAGAGAGAAGAAGAAAAGCCUCAGCUAUCAGAGCUUCAUCAAAUCAAAACUGAACACAGAGAGGCAGAAACUUCAACCACCGGCUCAACUGAACAAAUAGAAACAGAACAAGAUGGAGAGGACUGUCUAGACCCAGAAUCAGAGACGAACCCUGAUCCAGCAUGUUCUUCUCAAGAGAGUAAGGUGACAGUUCACAAAAGAGGUAAAAGAUCUAAACUGCAUUCAAAACCCACAGCUCAGGUUGGAGUCCACACAGGAGAGAACCCGUUUGGCUGUGAUAUCUGUGGUGAAAGAUUCAAACGGAAGUCUCAUGUUAAAUUACACAUGAUGACACACACGGAAAAUGAAGAGCACGGCUGUGAUCUUUGUGGCAAAGUGUUUAAAAAAAAGAGUUACCUUCAGAUCCACAUGAGACUCCACACUGGUGAGAGACCAUUUGCCUGUGAUGACUGUGGUAGAAGGUUUCAUAGAAAGACCAUUCUUAAAAACCACCUGGCUGUCCAUUCAGGAGAAAAACCUUUUUCCUGUGAUGUUUGUGGUACACGAUUUAAAAGAGAGAAAUCUCUUAAAAACCACACGUGGUUAAUCCACACUGCAAAGAAACCAUUUUCAUGUACUGUUUGCAGCAAAAGAUUUUCACAAGAAGAACAUCUGAACAGUCACAUGGGAGUUCACACAGGAGACAAACAGUUUGUGUGUGGGUUUUGUAGUAAAGGGUUUUCACUGAAAUCAAAUCUAAAGACUCACAUGCGUGUUCACACAGGAGAGAAACCUUUUAUCUGCAAUAUUUGCUGUAAGGAGUUCUCACGACAAGAUCAUCUAAAGAGUCACAUUCGUGUUCACACAGGAGAGAAACAGUUUAUAUGUGGGGUCUGUAAUAAAGAGUUUGCGCUAAAACAGAAUUUAAAGACUCACAUGCGUGUUCACUCAGGUGAGAAGCCAUUCAUUUGUAGCAUUUGUAGUAAAGGCUUUUCACAGCAGAACCGUCUCAAAAGUCACAUGAGUGUUCACACAGGAGAGAAACCGUUUGUUUGUAGCGUUUGUAAUAAAGAAUUUUCACAGCAGCGGAAUCUAAAGAUUCACAUGCAUAUUCACACAGGGGAGCAACCGUUCCUCUGUAGCGUCUGUGGUAAAGGAUUUUCACUGCAAAGGAAUCUAAAGAUUCACAUUCGCGUUCACACAGGGGAGAAGCCAUUUGUCUGUAGCUUUUGUAGUAAAGGCUUUUCACGCCAAGAUUAUUUAAAGAGUCACAUGCGUGUUCACACGGGCGAGAAACCAUUUGUUUGUGGUGUUUGUAACAAAGGAUUUACGCAACAACAAAACCUGAAAAGACAUAUGGAAGCUCACACUGCAUGAUUUAUCUGUAGUGAUUGUAGUGAACAUUUGGUUGGAGAUGUAAAGAUAAAUCUACAUGUGAGAUUCCUCACAGACCAGAACCAUUUGUCUUUACGGUGAUGCAGUUUCACAAGCAGGAAAUAGAAGAGAUUCAAGGGUAGCACUGGACAAUUUAGCAAAAAUUUUAUAUCACAGCUUUCUUUUAUCAAUAUUACAAUUAUGAUUUUAUCACAUAAACAAGUCGCUUCAAGAAAAAUAAAACAGAGCACUUAGGCUAAACACAUUCAAAUCAGCAUGAAUAACUUUGCCAACUUUUGUCAAGCACAGCUGAGAUUAAUUAACAUAUUAGUGAUUCAUGUUAAAAAUAAUGUUAAUGCCAAUAUGUCAUGCAUCCCUAAUAAAUAUUAUAGAGUUGGCUUACACUCUGUCUCAAACUGAUUUACCUACUGCAACUCAAAUAAAUGUAUUUAAAUUUAAAUGCCAACACUACUGAGGUAAAGUUUAUUCUUGCUACAAAGUAAAGAUCUAACAGUAUCAACAUUUUGUACCAUAAUACUGUAAACAUCCUCAUUAUAGUUAAUUUAACGUCAUCAUAAAUGCUUGCAUUAUUAUUAUUGGUAGUAGUAGUAGUUGUAGUAAUGUGUUUCAUAAGUUCACUGUCUCACCAACACAUUCAGGAAGUCUGCUGUCUUGCAUUAUAUCUGUCAGGGAUAAAUCUCAGUGUUUUUCAAGCAGAACACACAAAGCACCCAAAUAUAUUAUUUAAAGUUUUGAGCUCUUUUCACAUUCUUAACGCUCUUAUUGUGAAGGUUUGCUGUACUGACAUUGUUAAGUAGAGGAGAAAGACUUGAGUUAUAAUUCAGGCAGUCUUGCCAAGUAUGAGCAGACCCUCAAAUAUAAUGGCAGCAGUCCAACAAAUCUGACAAGCUGGUAACAUGUUAAACAGACAAUGCAGGUCAUUCUGAUGGCUUAAACAUUCACCAUUUAACCAAGAAAAAAGGCCUUCCUUUCUUGGUAAUAAAGUCAGAAGUACAGCUUCAAUUAGCAGCUUUGAUCUUUGGUAUUACAAUAUUCCUGGUGUACUUCAACAUUCUGCUGCUUAUGUCUGAGGCGACACACGUGACAAUGCGUUCAAUGGACAAUCAAAAAGGCUUGACGUUUUUAUAGUGCUGUAACUAAAUAUGGACAGCAAAACAUAUUUUAUUCCUAAAGAAGUUCAUUCAGACAUUUAUAAUGAAAAAGACAAUUUAUGCAGUUAAAUAUUAGUUAAGUCGGUAUUCAGCAGUAUUUGGGCUCCUCGUAUUUCAAACAGCGGAAAUGUUAUUUGCUCUCUUGAUGGUCCCAUAUAUUUCAUUUAUUGGAUCUAUCUCUCACAUUCUUUGCGAUCUCGUAUAAUAAAUGUUUUUAGAAGUCA